AUGAGUGAUGGGCUCCAUAUCCAGAUCCGUGAGUUGUUCACAUCACCGGAAAUCCAAGUUGAUCCAUCUCUCUUUGUGGAGGAGGGAGAGAAUGUGACUUUGAAGUGUAUGACCAAUCCUAAGGGAAGCGCCGGCCUCUUAUAUACAUUUUAUAAAGACUCUCAAAUGAUCCAAAGUGCUGAUCUGGAGACCAGUUUUGUGAUCGGCAAAGCCAGAGAAGAGGACACUGGAAGCUAUCGGUGUUCUGUUCAAUCCCAGGAUGGAAAAGUUGAAAAAAAACAGCAUCCAAGUCCACGUCCUUGUAGAAAGUCUAGUUUCAGGUGUAAGUAUCACCGUGGAUAAAGGCAAUAAGGAUUUGGUACAUGGAGAA